CCCCAGCACGUUCUAGUCUCUCUCUCUCUCAAAAACUUAGACAGAGAAAGGCACAUCAGUGGUAUCGUACUUCAGUUCGACCAUUCUUUUACAGAAGAAACUCCAAACAAGCAGUACAACUUCUUCUCCAAUAUAAUCUCAUCAAACCAAAACAAAACCAGUGUUAGAUACUAGAUCAUUUUAGUACCCACCACCAACUAGAAAACAAACUCUCUCUCUCCCUCUCAACACACAAAGACACACGCAUAGUAUUCUAAUCAUCUUUCUACGUGCGGUACUUAUUCCAACUAAUCCCUCCACGUCUAAGCCAUUUCUUCUUUAUUUUUAUAUUCCUUUGGUGGAGUUUUCGUGUUUAGUUCCCUCUUCUGUACUGAGAUAUACUAUCAUAUCAUAUCAUAUCAUAUCACCAUUAAUGGUUGCUCAACUGUUUCUUUGAAAAAGAAACCAAAACAACUUCUUUUGAUUACUUAUUAUACUGAAAUAACUCAUUUCUGGUUGUGGGGUUUGUUUAUUUGUGUUAAAUUCGAAGUAAAAAUGGUUUUUUGAGAUUGGCCCAGACAUGGAUCUGGAAGUUGCUGAGGAUUACAAAAGCAGUACUAUCAAGAAGAAGGAAUCAUGGAGAACUGUAUUAACUUUAGCUUUUCAAAGUUUAGGUGUUGUUUAUGGAGAUUUAAGCACAUCGCCACUAUACGUAUACAAAAGUACUUUUGCUGAAGAUAUUCAUCAUUCAGAAACAAAUGAAGAAAUUUAUGGUGUUUUAUCAUUUAUAUUCUGGACUCUUACAUUAAUUCCAUUACUUAAAUAUGUAUUUAUAGUACUUAGAGCUGAUGAUAAUGGUGAAGGAGGAACAUUUGCUUUGUAUUCAUUACUAUGUCGCCAUACAAAAAUGAGCUUUUUGCCUAAUUGCCAAGUAGCUGAUGAAGAAUUAUCAGCUUAUAAGAAGAAAGAUUCCGUUGGUCCUCCGGUCAUAAAUAUUGGGUUCAGAAUGAAAUCAAUGUUAGAGAAACAUAAAGUUUUGCAGAAGAUGUUGCUUCUUUUAGCUUUAAUUGGGACUUGUAUGGUUAUUGGUGAUGGGGUCCUAACUCCGGCGAUAUCAGUUUUUUCUGCGGUUUCCGGUCUCGAGCUAUCGAUGUCAAAGGAACAUCACAAAUAUGUAGAGGUUCCAGUUGCAUGUUUCGUCUUGGUAUGCUUGUUUGCUCUCCAACACUAUGGCACCCAUCGAGUAGGAUUCUUGUUUGCACCAAUUACCAUAACAUGGCUUUUCUGCAUCAGUGCAAUUGGUGUGUACAAUAUAAUCCAUUGGAAUCCGCACGUGUAUCAAGCUUUAUCUCCGUAUUAUAUGUACAAAUUUUUGAAGAAAACUCGACUUCAAGGUUGGAUGUCAUUAGGUGGAAUACUAUUGUGCAUAACAGGUUCAGAAGCUAUGUUUGCUGAUGUAGGACAUUUCUCGCAGCUAUCAAUCAAGAUUGCCUUCACCUCUGUUGUGUACCCCUCUUUGAUUCUCGCAUAUAUGGGACAAGCUGCUUACUUAUCUAAGCAUCACAUCAUUGAGAGUGAAUACAAAAUUGGUUUCUAUGUAUCUGUUCCAGAGAAAAUAAGAUGGCCAGUACUUGCAAUAGCUAUACUUGCAGCAGUGGUGGGAAGCCAAGCCAUUAUAACAGGAACCUUCUCAAUUAUCAAACAGUGCUCUGCUUUGGGUUGUUUCCCAAGAGUCAAAAUAGUCCACACAUCGUCAAAGAUACAUGGUCAAAUUUACAUACCAGAGAUCAACUGGACUUUAAUGUUACUAUGCUUGGCUGUUACAAUCGGAUUCAGAGACACAAAACGUAUGGGUAAUGCAGCAGGGUUGGCAGUUAUAACCGUCAUGCUGGUCACAACCUGCUUGAUGUCCCUUGUCAUGGUCAUAUGCUGGAACCAGAGUAUUUUCCUAGCCAUUGGUUUCAUAUUAUUGUUCGGAUCUAUUGAAGCACUCUAUUUCUCAGCCUCCCUCAUCAAGUUCCUUGAAGGGGCAUGGGUUCCGAUUGCCCUUGCUUUCACUUUCAUGGUUGUCAUGUAUGUUUGGCACUACGGUACAGUCAAGAAAUACGAGUUUGAUGUGCAAAAUAAAGUCUCCAUCAAUUGGCUACUCAGCCUUGGCCCCAGUCUAGGCAUCGUUCGUGUUCGAGGAAUUGGUCUAAUUCACACAGAACUUGUCUCAGGUAUCCCUGCCAUCUUCUCUCACUUCGUCACCAACCUUCCGGCAUUCCACCAAGUUUUGGUCUUCCUAUGCAUCAAAUCUGUCCCUGUCCCAUACGUUCAGCCUGAAGAAAGGUUCCUUGUAGGUAGAAUUGGGCCAAAAGAGUACCGUCUUUAUAGGUGUAUUGUAAGAUAUGGCUACCACGAUGUCCAUAAAGAUGACAUGGAGUUCGAAAGGGAUCUGGUUUGUAGUAUAGCUGAAUUUAUUCGUUCAGGAAAUUCGGACUAUAAUUGUGGUGGAAUGGAAGAGUUUGAGAAAGAGGAUGAAAAAAUGGCUGUCAUAGGGACCUCUUCAAGCUUCAAUGAAGGGAUACGGAUGUGUGACAAUGAUGAUGAUGACCCAGGUGAAACUGCAGGGACAUCAGAACUGAGAGAGAUUCAAUCCCCAAUGGUUCCGAGGAAAAGAGUGAGGUUUGUAUUGCCAGAAAGCCCGAAGAUUGAUAGGGAUGCAAGGGAAGAGUUGCAGGAUUUAAUGGAAGCUAGGGAAGCCGGGAUGGCAUUCAUAUUAGGACAUUCUUACGUAAGAGCGAAACGUGGUUCGAGUUUUAUGAAGAAACUUGUUAUAAACUAUGGGUAUGAUUUCUUGAGAAGGAACUGUAGAGGACCUAGUUAUGCAUGGAGUGUUCCACAUGCAUCUACACUUGAGGUUGGUAUGGUCUACCAUGUUUAAUAGUGUUAUUGCUAUGUAGUUAGAAAUGGUUUACUAUACCGUAUAAAAAUUGUGUCCAGUAUGUAUAGUUUGUAUGUGAAUUAUCAAACUUCAUCACACACAUUCUGAUUGAUAGAUGAAAUCAACCUACAGAAGUUCCGAAA